AUGGUUUUGCUCCUCGACGUGGCUGCAGCAGUCCUGGUCUUGGCUAUUCGUGCAGCAGCAACAUCUGAGAUAUAUCCACCGAAACCGGUCGAUUUGACAACUCCUGUCCAACAGCGCAUUGCCAUAUAUGGUCCAAAGCACGUAUCUAUUGGCUGGAACACUUAUCAGCGGCUGAGCAAGCCAUGCGUUCAAUAUGGCACCAGAAACGAUGCUCUAACACAGGAAGCUUGCUCAAACAUGUCUGAGACGUAUUCAACAUCGCGAACAUGGUCCAACACUGUCAUUAUAGAUGGGCUGAAGCCUGCAAUCAUAUAUUAUUACAAGAUUGUGUCUACCAACUCCAGCAUUGAUCACUUUACCAGUCCACGAGCAGCUGGCGACACGACCCCCUUCGCCAUGGACGUUGUGAUUGACUUGGGUGUCUACGGAACCGACGGCUUCACAACCGACAAGAGGGAUACCAUUCCAAAGAUCGAACCUGCGCUUAACCACUCCACCAUUGGCAGACUUGCCGAUACCAUUGAUGACUAUGAGUUUAUUAUACAUCCUGGUGAUUUUGCCUACGCUGACAACUGGUACGAGAGGCACAAAAAUCGGCUCCACGGGGAGGCAGCAUACCAAUCUAUUCUAGAACAGUUUUACCAGCAACUGGCUCCCAUUGCAGGCCGUAAACCGUACAUGGCCAGUCCUGGCAACCACGAAGCAACCUGCGAUAUAACCCGUCACGUAAGAGGAGACUGUCCCUCAGGCCAAACCAACUUCACAGACUUUAUGAGCCGAUUCGGCUCCACCCUACCCACGGCUUUCCCAUCUUCGUCGUCUAAUGCCACCGCGAGGGCCAGAGCUGCAACAGCGCAGAAGCUGGCGCGGCCACCAUUUUGGUACUCUUUCGAAUAUGGCAUGGCCCAUGUCGUCAUGAUUGAUACCGAGACGGACUUCCAUGAGGCCCCAGAUGGCCCUGGUGGCUCAACUGGUGACAAUGACGGCCCAUUCGGCUCACCAAAUCAGCAACUGGACUUCAUCGAAGCAGAUCUAGCGUCCGUAGAUCGUACAGUUACUCCUUGGUUGAUCGUCGCAGGCCACCGACCCUGGUACACAACGAGCGGAGGAGAAGCAUGCCGGCCAUGCCAGAAGGCGUUCGAGCCACUGCUCUACAAGUAUGGUGUAGAUCUAGCCAUUUUCGGUCAUGUACACAACUCGCAGCGCAUGGUGCCUGUCUACAAGGGCAUCGCAGAUCCAAAAGGUAUGAGAAACCCGAAGGUGCCCAUGUAUAUCAUAGCAGGCGGAGCGGGCAACAUUGAAGGCUUGCGGCCAAUAGGCAAAAAUGUCUCAUACAAUGCAUUUGCGUAUGCGGAUGACUUUAGUUUCGCCAAGGUGUCGAUCAAGGACGAACACAAUCUGCAGGUUGACUUUAUCAGGUCAAGGACGGGGGAAGUCCUUGACACGAGUGUGUUGUACAAGGAACAUGGGGAGAACGCGACUUUUUUAGACGAUAAGUCUACUUCAGUAGCCAGGAGGGGGGUGGCAUGGCUGGAGAUUGUUGUGAUGGUUGUACUUGUGAUUCUAUAA